GUACAGCUGCCCACCCACAAUGGAAUGGAAGGAGAAAGAAGCAAAGUUCAAUGGGCGUACACUGUAUAAACUUGCUUCUACUUCACGUUAAGCUGCAGUAGUAAACGCUCUCUUCUUCUAUCAAUCGCCAUGCUUGCGUACAUUUUUUAUACCGCUUUGGCGGGCUUGGCCAUUGUUCCCUUAUGUCUUUACUGGAGAAACCCUUACUUUUUGAAAGAUCUGACUUACACACUUACUGCCAUUAAAAUCGGAAGACGACUCAAAAAAUUCUCGACGCAGAAACCAUUUUACAGCAUCCUGGACAGUUUUUUGGACAAAGUGGCCAUACAACCCGAUAAGGAGUUCAUAUUGUUCGAGGAGAGCAGCUACACGUACAGGCAAGCCGAUAAAGAAAGCAACCGCGUAGCCAGAGUCCUAUCCAGCCUGGUGAAGGAAGGCGAUACGGCGGCCGUGUUUAUGGGCAACGAGCCGCUCUUCGUGUGGCUCUGGCUCGGCCUCGCCAAAUUGGGAUGUACCGCUGCUCUGCUCAACUACAACAUCAGGUCCAAAUCCCUGCUGCACUGCUUCUCUUGCUGUGAUGCCAAGGUGCUGUUGGCAGGGGCUGACCUACGAGAGGCCGUGGAGGAGGUGCUCCCGAGUCUUAAGCAGCAGGCGGUCCGUGUGUUCCUCCUCAGCGAGGGAGAUGAUUCAGACGGUAUCGAAUGUCUCUCUGACAAGAUUCAACAGGCCUCCGACCAACCUCUGUCACCUCAGCUGAGGGCAAAUGUUAACAUAAAAAGCCCUGCACUGUACAUCUAUACAUCAGGAACCACAGGGCUUCCCAAGGCAGCUAUCAUUAACCACGAGAGGUUGUGGUUUGCAACCUUUCUUCAGUCAUUUGCUGGUGUUCGCCCGGAUGAUAUCAUCUACGUGUACCUGCCUCUUUACCACAGCGCUGGCUUCCUCAUGGGGCUGUGUGGAGCCAUAGAAAAUGGCAUCACUGUUGUUUUAAGACGUAAAUUUUCUGCAUCACACUUCUGGAAUGACUGCAGGAAGUACAAUGUUACAGUUAUUCAGUAUAUAGGCGAGAUUAUGCGAUACCUCUGCAACAUACCAAAGAGAGACAAUGACCGAGAUCAUAAAGUCAGGGUGGCAGUGGGAAACGGGCUAAGGGCAGAUACUUGGGAAGAUUUUCUUCAACGCUUUGGGGAUAUUCACAUCUGUGAGUGUUAUGGUGCUACGGAAGGAAAUAUUGGCUUUGUCAACUACACUGGGAAGAUUGGAGCCAUUGGAAAAGUGCAUUUCCUUCACAAAAUGGCUUGUCCCUAUGCUCUCAUAAGGUAUGAUACAGAGAAAGAGGAGCCAGUCAGAGACUCCAAAGGAUUUUGUAUUGAAGUGCCGAGAGGAGAGACUGGUCUGUUGGUGUGUAAGAUUGGAGUGACAGCCCCCUUCACUGGCUAUGCCAAGAACCGUCAACAGACUGAUAAGAAGAAGCUGAGAGAUGUAUUUGUGAAGGAAGACCUCUACUUUAACAGCGGUGAUCUCCUCAAAAUCGACCAUGAGGGCUUUGUCUUCUUUCAAGACCGCAUCGGGGACACUUUCAGAUGGAAAGGAGAAAAUGUGGCAACCACAGAGGUGUCCGAUCAUUUGCUGAUGGUGGACUGCAUUGAGGAGGCUAACGUCUACGGUGUGAAGGUGCCAGGACACGAGGGAAGAAUUGGAAUGGCAGCAUUGACACUGAAGGAAAACAUGGACUUUGAUGGCAAAGCUGUGUAUCAGCAUGUGAAAAACUACCUUCCCAGCUACGCAAGACCACGCUUUAUUCGCAUCCUGGAUGCACUGCCGGUGACUGGUACAUUCAAGCAGAUGAAGGUGAAGCUAGCUGAGGAGGGCUUCAAUCCCGCCAUCGUUAAAGAUCAUUUGCUUUUCCUCGAGGACAAUAAGGGCUACGUCAACAUGACUCAGGAGAUGUUUGAAUCCGUAGCAGAGGGAAGAAUCAAACUGUGAAUCACUUUAGUUGCUGUGAAACUAAAGUGACAAAUGAUUAUGAAGCUUUUACAUAUAGCAGAACAGCUUUUCAGUUCAUUUCAAAGCACAUAAGAACAAAUUUCCUGGUUUUGUCAUGUUUGUAAAUGAUAUAGUGCAAGCAUUUUUUGUUUUUAAAACUUUCUCAAAACUUACUUU